AUGCAGGUCUUCACAGGCAACGGUCAUUCCAAUCGUGAUCAUGUUACGCCAGAAUAUCCUAGCUCUGUAUCCCAGAAGCGAAAAACUACUUCUGAAGGCGCCAGUAAAACGACAACCGAGGACCUAGCUCGAUAUGAGAGCGACAUUGCUAAAAUGGUUCCUCUUACUGGAGUUUCCGGAUCUGAUAAUCAGAAAGACUUCUCGUGUGAAAGGUUCGGCACUUUUCGCAAACAGAGUUUGAAACAAGAGCUGACAGACACACCAACCUGCCAUGACCUGGCGCUUUUCAUUCGAUACACAUCUGGAAAAGUGAAAGGACAAGGCGAUGAUGGUGCCACUCAGCAUUAA